CAAGUCAUUCACCAAAAGCUAGAGAGAAAUCGUGAGAGAGAGCUCUCUGAAAUCUCCGGUGAAGUGACGGCCGCUCCUGAAGCUGACGAUGCCUUCGCGACACACUAGACUUUUGGGCGGACGACUGUGGGGUUUUCCGUCAAACGCUGGACCAAGCAACAUGUACGGGAAUAGUGGUGAUAGUUCUGACGAUUCUGUGAUUCCAUCGGAACAUGUGAGACGGAUGUUGGAAGGAUCGGAAUCGGAGUCUUUCAUGGCUACGAGUCCUUCGGUGACUUCGGUUGAAUCCAUUUGUACGAGAAAGAUGGUAGGUUCGGAUAGUUCAUUCGAGUCGGAUCAAUCGGAAGAUCCUGAGGAGUUUGAGGAUAUCGUCGAGACGAGUGUGGAAUCUGACGAAGUUGUGCCUCUAGUGGAUUUGGGAGGAAACCUUGGAAGUGUUCCGGUUUCGGAUUUUGUGAUGGCGACUGGUUUUCUCUUCGGAGAUAGCGACAUUGAUGAGCCUAUGUGGGAAGGCCCCGAUGGAGUUUUGUAUGAGUUCAACUCCGAUGAUUCGUGGCAGCCAGGAGUUCAUGUGAAUCCGUACUAUUAUCCUCCGUCGCCGGAUAGCUUGUUGACGUUGGAUUCGUUCAGCUCAAUGUCCUUGGGGACAGACUUUGGUGUUUCCGAUGCACCUUCGGAAGAUAAUGCUUCACGCGAUUCUGACAGUAUUGUGUUUUUGCCGACGGAAUAUGGGAUUCCAAGGCAAGCUUUGGCUUACAACAUGGUGCCACCAAAUGAAGUGUUCGCUACACCGCCUGGUCCGCCGUCUCCGGAUUUUGUUGAGCUAUCGUCGGAUGAUGAGUUAGCUGAUGCUGAAGAAUCGGGAACGGAGUUGCCAAUCCCUAAUUUCGUAAAGGCUGAAUCGCUUAGGAUGUCUACCCCGCCAAGAAGGUUUGCGACCCGAACUUGGUAUCCUGGUUAUCAUGGUGAAGAAGGUGUUGAGUCGUCCCAUAUGAAUCUUGAGAACCAUGUUGGUGAUCAAGAAGUACCAGACGCAACGGCCAAUUGCGAGACCUUGUUCGCUACUCCUCCGCGUGUUGAAAAACUUGAAGUGUUGUUUCCUCCGAAUGAAACGCUUUACGAGCCAACUAUUGGUUUGAGUUCCUUGGAUGCUAUGAUCCAGAACAUGAUUGCUGCGGGUACCCUUGGUGUUGAACCGAUCCGACCACCCGAAGGUAUGCCCAUUUGGAACGAAAGGAUGAGGAGAUCCGCGGAUGGAACCAUUGUGACUGAGUUGGAACGUGAGGAUGGACGUAGGUCUGAGCCUUAUAGUGUGACGUCGUUUUGCUUCACUUGCGGCCAAAAUGGCCAUUAUCCGAGAACUUGUCCUUAUGUUCACCACUAUCAUCCCUAUGCUCGCCCGUACGUUGUUUGUUUCGAGUGUGGUGAUGAGGGUCACUAUGCGAGCGUUUGUCCCAGGAAGUAUUCCGAGAAUCCCGGUCCGUCAAGCCCAAGUCCAAGUGCGUCCGCGAGGAAGUCGACGGAAAACCUUAGUGCUUUAUAGGAUUUUUCCUAAACCUUCAACAGUUAAGUCCGACGAGGUAAGUAAGGGCUCUAACCCAUUGUAUGAUUUCGUGUUGUAUGUUAGCAUCAUUUGCAUUUAGUUGUUUUUCUUUUUCGGCUUGUAACCGCUUUGGUGGAGCGUAUGACUAAGUGUUUAGCGGUCGUAAUCCACGGUUGUAAUGAAACGGUAUGUGUAAA